AUGGAAAACUUCCUCACUGGCUACUCCGGGCACGAGCACGAGCACCUCGCCGCCUUGAACGAAGUCCCGACUCCUGCACCACUUCUUUGUGAGGCGGACGCAGAGCUGUUUGCCUCGCUGGCCCUCAACUGUCUCCGUGUGUCGUUCAACUAUCGCCACUUCAUGGACGACGACAGCUCCGACGUCACAAAAGAGCCGGGGUUUCAGCUCCUGGACAGAAUCGUCAACAUCUGCUCCAAGUACAACACCGACUCGGGCCUGAGCAGGGUCCUGUUCUGGGAGUUUCGAGAUUUCCAGGGCCGUGCCAUUCAGCUGUGGACACCAGGCCCUAUGCCGGGAAUCCCGUCAUCGCGGCAUACAACCCGCUCAACGAGCCGGCAGACCCCCAGCACACGCGGCCCAUCUCGUGGUACAAUAGGGUGGAAGCGGCCAUUCGAGCCGUUGACCCAGGCCAAAUGUUGUUCCUCGACGGCAACACGUACCCCAUGGACUGUUCGGCAUUUGACGCUACAGACACUGCCAAACGCCGUGUACAGCUGCCACGACUACAGCAUGACGGGCUUCCCGCUGCCAGAACAAUACAAAGGAACGGAAGCGCGGGAGAAGAAGCUGCGAGUGAGCUUUGAGCGCAGAGUUAAGCUUAUGAGAGGGGCGGGCGUGCCGAUAUGGAACAGCGAGCUCGGCCCCGUGUACCGGGACCCGAGGACAGACGCGGACGCUGCGGAAACCAACGCCAAGCGCUUUGCCCUGCUGCGAGAACAGCUGGCUAUAUACCGGGCGUGCGGCGGCGUGUCGUGGAGCAUAUGGCCGUACAAGGACGUCGGCUGCCAGGGCAUGGUGUACCUCGAUCCCGAGAGUCCGCACAUGCGGCUCAUGCGCCCGUUUGUCGAGAAGAAGCAGCGGCUGGGUCUGGACUCUUGGGCCUGCGCCGGCAAGACCCAGCUCCACGCCCUGGUCUACCAGCCGCUCAUUUCCAAACCGAAGGACGUGGUUCCGGAGCACCUGCGCCAAAAGAAGUACCCCAAGAUUUGGACGUUUGACAGGCAAGUGGAGCGGGUGGCGAGGGAGUGCCUGAUGAGCGAGUAUCUCGGGUGGAAGCUGGCCGAGGCCUUUGAGGGCAAGACGGAGGAAGAGCUGGAGGAGCUAGCGGGUAGUUUUGCCUUGGAAAAGUGUUUGAGGCGGGACGGGUUGAGUUGGAUCCCGCAGAUGGACACGCGGGUGCCUUUGACAAAGGGCAAGAAGGGGGCAUCAGUAGAGCUUGGCUGA